AUGCAGGUGGCGGCCAGCAACGACCAGAGGAGGGCUGAUGGUGGCGGCGGCCUGGUGCAGGGAGCCGUGACCACACCUCCCAUCGCCGCGCCCAGCGCCCUCUUCGUGGCUGGUCUGCUCGGGGGCGUGGCCUCUACCCUCGCCGGCCACCCGUUCGACACCAUCAAGACGCAGUCCGUGGGGCCGGGCAUCGUGCCGCGCUACGGCGGGCCGCUCGACUGCCUGCGCACCAUCGUCAAGGAGGAGAGCUUCCGCGGCCUCUUCAAGGGGAUCGUGGCCCCGCUGGGAACGCGCGCCAUCAUCAACGCCCUCGGCUUCGCCUCCUUCGGCAUGACCCUCGAAGCCCUCCAGGGACCCCAGGCCGACAGCGUCUCUAAGAGUGGAAGCAGCAGCACGCUGUGGCACAUUGUGCUGGCGGGAGCGGUGACGGGGAUCACGGUGAGCCCCAUCACCACGGCAUCGGAGCUGGUCAAGAUUCGGCUCCAGGUCCAGCGCGGCCCAGGCUGGUUCGACCCCAAGGAGCACUUCCCCGGAGCGCUACGGGGAACGAGGAUGUACGUGCAGGAGAACGGCUUCUUUGCGCUGUUUCGAGGGUUCCGCGGCACCCUGUGCCGUGAUGUGAUCGCCUACCCGUCCUUCUUCCUCACCUACUUCACUGUGCGGCACCACCUCGAUGCGGUGGACAAGGCGUUCAGCUGGGUGACGCCGUUCGUGUCGGUGGCGGCGGGCGGGGUGGCGGGCAUGGCCUCGUGGGCGUCGGCCUACCCGUUCGACCUGUGGAAGAGCAACGUGCAGCGCGCCCUCACCUUCCCCGCCACGCCCGGCCACCUUUCCUUCCGCUACUUCAUCGCCACCCGAUACCGCGACCUCGGUAUUCGAGGGCUGUUCACGGGAAUGUGGCCGACGAUGCUGCGUGCGAUUCCGGUGAACUCGGCCAAGUUGCUGGUCUACGAUCUCGUGGUGCGCUGCUUUGCGAACAACAACACCAGGCAGCGCCGGGACAGCAGCUGA